AUGAGCAGCUACUCCAGACGCAACGAAGGGGCCGACAAUUAUCUCAUGAAUCCAUCGAUGGCAGUGCCCGGUACAUACAGCCACGCAGAUAGCCAUGACUAUGGGGGAGCAGGUUCUGGCACAUACCACUUUCCCCAGCAUUCAUUCAAUCCAUACGGAAAUCAAUUUAGCCCGUCGUAUGGGCAGCAGUCAAGCAUAUCCCCCGGAAUGCAGCAUCUGCAGUAUGCGUCGGAGCAUACGAUUCCCUCGAUGUCUACCACGGAAGAUAUGAGACUUCAUCAUCCUCCCCCACAGUACAUUUCCCAACCCCGCUAUCUACAAUCUCCGAGGUAUCUGCCGCUGCGCGACGCUCUUGGUGAGACGGAUAUCGAGAGUCAAGAGUCCCGAAACGAGGGCACAAUGCUUUCAGAGCCCGUGGUACCCGCCCUCGAUGGAUUUCCAGAUGUAAAAGAGUUUGAUCAGCUCAUGCAGAGCUAUGUGGACGAACUCUCGGUGAAGAAACAAGAUAAGGCAUUGAUCCAUGCCAAGAGAGCGCGGAACAUUCGAACCGUGUUGAUUGAUCCCAAAGACACUGCAAUCGAGUCUGCUCAAUUUCGGUUCUGGGUCAAGAAAAUGUUCAAGCUUCAACCAGUCGGCAUGGGCACGGCAGAUUGCCGAAAAAUGAUUUGUCAUGAAGGGAAGCCCGUGGCAAUCCGCGAGAAACUGUUCAAGAUUCUCACCAAGGCACAUCAGCAAUGCCAGCAUGGUGGCCGCGACAAGACCUCUGCACAGGUCCGACGGAUAUACUCAUGGGUGCCAAAAGAAUUGAUCUCUCGAUUUGUCAAGAUUUGUCCAACUUGCCAGGUCCGGCGCGGAGGAUCUCGUUUGACGCCGCCGAAUUCCCGGCGAGGCUCACCCCGACUUGAGAUGGUGCCCCGAACUCCUAAGCUCCCAUCACCCCCGAUGAUCAAACGAGAAUCGUCAUAUGGAGCACAUUCUUCUCUCGACCGAGCACAGACAGAAUAUUUCAGCCAGCUUCACGGUCACAACGGGUGGAUAGACAGCGCUCAGAGCUUGCAGAGCCGUUCUGGCUUGAACUCCGGGGUUCGAUCCUUCCCAGGGCCGAUGAACGGCCUCCCCCACUCACUCUCCGGGGGCAUGGAUCCCUUCUCGGCUGAUCUAUCAGUUCCACCGUCUCAGUUGAGCUAUACGACAGGGUAUGUCCCGUCUCACGGAGCCCCAACCCAACGGGAUUUCUAA